AUGGCGGCGGCGGCGGCCCGAGCGGUGCUGGUGCCCGCGGCGCGGCGGCGACUUUGGGGGUUCGGUGACAAGCUCUUGGUGCGGGGUGCCGCGGGGCGGCCAUUGCAUUUUGGAGGGAGCAGGUGGAGAAGCACCCAGGCUGCCACCCAAGUGGUUCUGAAUGUCCCUGAAACUCGGGUGACCCGUCUGGAGAAUGGGCUGCGAGUGGCGUCCGAGGACUCGGGGCUGUCCACGUGCACGGUGGGGCUGUGGAUUGAUGCCGGAAGUCGAUAUGAAAAUGAGAAGAACAACGGGACCGCCCACUUCCUGGAGCACAUGGCUUUCAAGGGCACCAAAAAGAGGUCCCAGUUAGAUCUGGAACUCGAGAUUGAGAACAUGGGGGCGCACCUCAAUGCCUACACCUCCCGGGAGCAGACCGUGUAUUAUGCCAAAGCGUUCUCCAAAGACUUGCCGCGAGCUGUGGAGAUCCUUGCUGAUAUCAUCCAGAACAGCACGCUGGGGGAAGCGGAGAUCGAGCGGGAGCGCGGAGUCAUCCUCAGAGAGAUGCAGGAAGUGGAGACUAACCUGCAGGAGGUUGUGUUUGAUUAUCUGCACGCCACCGCUUAUCAAAACACCGCGCUCGGACGGACCAUUUUGGGACCAACUGAGAAUAUCAAGUCUAUUAAUCGUAAGGAUUUAGUGGACUAUAUUACUACCCAUUAUAAGGGGCCGCGAAUGGUGCUUGCUGCUGCUGGAGGUGUCUCCCACGAUGAGCUGCUGGAGUUGGCCAAGUUCCAUUUUGGUGACUCGCUGUGUACACACAUGGGAGAUGUACCAGCCCUGCCUCCCUGCAAAUUCACAGGAAGUGAGAUCCGCGUGCAGGAUGACAAGAUGCCGCUGGCACACCUGGCCAUAGCCGUGGAAGCUGUUGGCUGGGCACACCCGGACACCAUCUGCCUCAUGGUGGCCAACACUCUGAUUGGCAACUGGGACCGCUCUUUUGGAGGGGGAAUGAAUUUAUCUAGCAAGCUGGCCCAGCUCACGUGUCACGGCAACCUGUGCCACAGCUUCCAAUCCUUCAACACUUCCUACACGGACACAGGGCUGUGGGGCCUGUACACGGUCUGCGAACCAGCCACGGUUGCAGAGAUGCUGCGUGUUGUUCAGAAGGAAUGGAUGCGACUCUGUACAAGCGUUACCGAGAGCGAAGUGUCCCGGGCCAAAAACCUUCUGAAGACCAACAUGCUACUGCAGCUGGACGGUUCAACUCCAAUUUGUGAAGAUAUCGGUAGGCAAAUGUUAUGUUACAAUAGAAGAAUUCCUAUCCCCGAGCUUGAAGCAAGAAUUGAUGCUGUGAGUGCCGAGACAGUCCGAGCAGUGUGCACCAAAUACAUUUACGACAAGAGCCCAGCCAUUGCGGCAGUCGGUCCCAUUGAGCAACUACCAGAUUUUAAUCAGAUUCGUAGUAACAUGUGCUGGCCUCAUCAUUAAACUACUCCUAAAUGAAGACUUGUUUAGAAAGAGACCUGCAUAUUUUUAUCUAUCCCCAACCACAAAAAUAAAACUUACUAUCUCACAAAAGACUACCACCCUGCA